GACACAGGGAUAGUCAAAAAAACUGGACCGUGGUGUCCGGAUAAGAAAGCUUCCCUUAAAGCUAAAUCAUUACCUGAUGACGAAAAUAAAAGAAUCUGGUCAUUAAAAGACCAGAUUUCUUCAUUACAAUUGGAAUCUGAACUGAAUAUGCUAGAAUUAGAACGUAAAAGGCAAGCCAUCCAUCAAGUAGCCAAACGAGGAUGUCAUGCAUAUGCUUACAUAGAAUUUGGACAAAUGGAGAAGGUACAGAUUUACAAGAGAAGAGAACCAACCAGUAUGAAACUUAAAGAAUUAGAUCCAGUGAAUUACGAUGAAAGUACAGAUUAUUCAGAUACCGUGUCAUCUGCUCAUUAUGACACAUUUGCCUAUAAAUAUGAAGAUCAGGAAGAGGAGUGUGCAAAUGAAAUUGGUGCACGUUCUCGAUCUGUUACCGAAGGCGCUGCAGGUGCUCUUAUGAAAGCAAAAUCACAAUGUAAUGUUGAACCAAGGA